AUCCUAUUGCAGCUGAAAAAUUUAUUCAUAUUGAUAAUGAAACAUCAAUAGGACCAUUAUCAGAUAAAGAAAUAAUAGAUGCGAUAAUUUCAAAUCCUGAAAAAAAUGAUAUAGAAGAGGAAAAGGAAUCAGCGAAAAUUAAUAUUAUUACUAACAAAGAAGAUUUAAAUAGUUUGGAAAAG